CCGGAAGUGCUCUGACCGUUGCUGCUCUCUUCGCUCCGCGGUCUUCUCGCGGUAACGUUAGUAUACUGUCUGUUAGCUUGCUAGCUAGCUAACCCCCAUCGUUUACAGGUUUCGUGUCGACCUGAGAAAAAAAAACGCAAAAGAAGAGGAGACACAAAAAAGGCUACGCAGCCGAAUAACUUUGUAACCCUCCAGGCUGCACUGAGGAGCGGGACUAUGCCGCACAACUUCCAGCCCGGAGACCUGGUCUUCGCUAAAAUGAAGGGCUACCCCCACUGGCCAGCCAGGAUUGAAGAUGUGGCUGAUGGGGCAGUGAAACCACCUCCUAAUAAAAUCCCUAUUUUCUUCUUUGGGACACAUGAAACAGCAUUCCUUGCAGCGAAGGACCUUUUUGCAUAUGAAAAGUACAGCGAACGCUACGGAAAGCCCAACAAAAGGAAGGGAUUCAAUGAAGGUUUAUGGGAGAUCCAGAACAAUCCACAUGCCUCCUACAGCGCACCGCCUGCAUUCAGCCUAGGGCGCCCUGGUGCCCAGCAGUUUAAGCCGGCCAGCUCAUCUGACAGCGAGGGCAACAAUGCCGCAGCAGGAAGUGAUGAGGAUGACGAUGAGGAAGAAGCAGCCCCAGUGCCUCAGAAAGUCGAAUCAGCAAGUGAGGUUGACUCAGAUUCUGGGAGUGAAGACCAAGAAAAGGCAGUGGCAGUAGCAGUAGCGGUGAAGCGAAAGCCACCACCUGCUAAGCGGCCUCCCCCUCCAAAAAAGGCUCGCGGCUCGUCCAGUGACCGGAAUGAAGAGAGUGGAUCCCCCUCUGAAUCAGAUCCCACACCUUCAGAGUCUGACUCCGGCAAGAACAGUGACCAGGAUUUUACUCCAGAGAAGAAAGCUGGUGGACGAGGUGGAAAGAAAGCAGGAGGCAGAGGGAAGCAAAAGAAGGCUUCGUCUGGCUCGGACUCAAACUCGGGAUCGGGGUCAGAAAAGAAAGUAGUGGACAGCGACUCAGAGGACGAGAAGCCUCGACCGGCUGUAUCUGGCUCUGAAUCCCACUCUGCCUCAAAGUCUGAUUCCGAAUCAGAUCCACCUCCCAAGAAAGGCCCACAGCCACGCAAGAAAAGUGCAGAGAAGCCCGCACCAAAGCCUCGCGCACGGAAACCUAAACCUCCCCCGGUGAAACGAGCACCUUCAUCCUCCUCCGACAGCGACAGUGACAGUGACACCGACCGCAUCAGUGAAUGGAAGAAACGAGAUGAGGAGCGCAGACGAGAGCUGGAGGAGCGCCGGAAAAAGGAGGAGGCAGAGGAGCUCCGUAGGCUACGCGAGAGAGAGAAGGAGGAAGAUGAGCAAAAGAAAAAAGACAAAGACAAAGACAAAGAUAAGGGUAAAAAAGGGAGCGACAGUGGCAGCAGUAGUAGCUCAGAUGAAGGUGUAGAUGACCACCCACUGAAGAAGUCCAAGAAACCCCCUCCAGCCCCAAUCCCCGCACCCUCAGACUCUGAUUCUUCACCACCAGCUGAGGCUAAGAAGUCAUCCAAGAAACCCGACAACCAGAAAAAGGCCAGAAUAAAGAAAGAGAAGGAGAGAAAAGAAAGGAAGGAGAAAGAGCUCAAACAGAAGAAAGCCAGACGGUCAGAAGAGAAGUCCCGAGCAAGGCCUAAACCUGAAAAACCCAGACGCAAACCAGAGAGGCCGCCAGAGAAGAAAGUGGAAAAGAAAAAGGAGCCAUCGUCAGAAGAAAAGCUACAGAAACUCCACACUGACAUAAAGUUUGCACUCAAAGUGGACAACCCAGACAUAGACCGGUGUCUACAAGCCCUGGAUGACCUUGCGGCUGUGCCCGUCACCAGCCAGAUCCUUCAUAAGAACGCUGAAGUUAUUGCCACACUAAAAAAGAUCCGGCGGUAUAAAGCCAGCAAUGCAGUCAUGGAGAAAGCUAGUGAGGUCUACAACAAGUUAAAACUUCGGUUCGUGGGAAAGCCGGAUGUGGCAGCUAAACCUCAAACAGAGGACAAGGAACCAGGAGAUGACGAUGAGAAGGAGACAGAAAACACAGACUCCACUCCGGUGAAUGGGGAAUCAGAACAGAAAAAAGAUGAUAUGGAGGUAGAAGAAAAUCCCAAAUCACCUGCCCAUGAGGAGAAUAACGACGAUGCUGCUUCAAGUCCAAACAGACCGAGCCCAGACAGCCCUGCUGAUCGACAGCUCCACACGUACGAAGAGGCAGACAACUCCAUCUCUGCAGAGACGGAGCCGCCUGCUAUAGAGAGCUGAAAGACCCUUAACCACCACUGCAGUGGACCAAGUGCUAAAGAUGGUGGCCUCUUUGUUUGACGUCAUACUGUGCUCCUGGCCCAACAACACACACCCAGCAUUUCCUACAGUAUCUGUUACGUCAAUGUUGAUGUUUCUGGACAUUUUGUACUAUAAUGACAUCAAACCAGAAGGCCCUGUUGCUCAAAAUGUUCGGUCCAUUAUUUAUCACAGCAAAAAGGAAAGCUUAUUAAUGUGGUAGUUUGUGGCGCUGCGCAAACUCCUUUUUAUUUCUGGAAAAUGUACUUUUUUCUUUUAUACAACACUCGGCCCGUCCUGGAUCUUCACCCUGUAAUCCUGCUACCGGCUACUUUGUUCUUUCUACCACAUGAACUCUUACUUUCACACCGUAUAUAUAUUGAACGAUUACAUUUUUAGCACUUCUAACCGGGUAGUAUGAAAUGGAACUUCAAUGAUUCUCGUGGGAAAAUGGAGCCAUGCCGUUCAUUUUUUCGCUGGGAAGAUUUUGUGCAGCCCUUACAUCUGUUGGCUUCAUCUUUUCUUUUUUUUUUAUAAAGCCUACAAAAUAUCACAAAGGCCUCUUGUCUGUGUGUAUGGCAUUGUGAGAGUGGUAAAGUACUAUUUGUGAGUGUUUAUGUUAUUUCCUUUUAUUAUCUGGUCCUGAUCCAGUUAAUCCAGUCUGAAAUGUAAAGCCAUUAAUUGAGUCACUUAACGCUGUUUUACAAUUGAGGUCCACCUACUUUUUUAUAGCCUUGUUUGCAAAUAUUUGCAUUUACAGUUUUGUCUAAAAUAAUAAUUGCUGUGGUCGAGUUAAAACACCUUGCACUCUCAUCUCCCCAUAGUGUCUGCUUUCAGUAACCUGCGUAAUAAAUGUACAGAUUGAAAACUGCCCUUAAAAAGCUAUUGAGAUCUCAUGUAGCUGCAGCCUAUUUUGACAUUUUCCUGUCACACGCAUACAACAGGUGUUUUUAGUGCUAUGUAAAUUGGUAAAGCAUUUCUAUGACUUAGUUGAGACUUGAAUAAAAAUCUCAGCAUGG